CCAGGCUCCGCUCUCCUCUCGCAGCGCCUGACGUCUUUUGCGCAUUUCCUGCAUUAGGAAAGACAGACAGACAGACAGACAGAGACCGAGACAGACACCCAAGAGAGAGAGGCAGGGAGGGGGCUCCUGAAGUCAGGACCCCAGACAGAUCUGCAAAGGGGGUGGUGGGGGGGAGAAGCCCAAGCCUUGUGUGUGUGUGUUUUCAAAGAAUACUAUGCAUUUAUUUCUUUAAAAAGUGUGUGUGUGUAGAGAGAGAGGGAGAGGCAAAGCGAGCAGCAGCCCACACCCUCCUCCCCUCUUCCCCCUUCCCUUCUUUUCCCCAGCCAUCCCCCAUGCCUUGGAUCCCUGGAUCCACUGGAUCCCUGGCCUUGGAAGCAGAGGAGGAAGAGGAGGAGGAGGAAGAGGAGAUCGGCUGCAACAGUAGCAGCAACCCACCGAAGAGGCGGAUGAACCUCUCCCCAGCUCCUUGCCUGGCUUCCCAGAGUGGGCUUGGAUCCCAAGGGGGGGACACAAGAAGAACAACAAUAGCAACACCACCAACAACAAAAUACAAAUAAAAAGUGACGCCAUCUAACCAUGGUGGUUUUUAAUGGCAUGCUGAAAAUCAAGAUCUGCGAAGCAGUGAACCUGAAGCCCACCCCUUGGUCACUCCGGCAUGCCGUGGGUCCCAGGCCCCAGACCUUUCUGCUGGACCCGUACAUUGCCCUCAACGUGGACGAUUCCAGGAUCGGGCAGACCUCGACCAAGCAGAAGACCAACAGCCCCGCGUGGAACGAUGAAUUUGUCACGGACGUGAGCAAUGGGAGAAAGAUUGAAAUGGCUGUUUUCCACGAUGCCCCCAUUGGGUACGAUGAUUUUGUGGCCAACUGUACGAUCCAGUUUGAGGACCUGCUGCAGAACGGGAGCCGCCACUUCGAGGACUGGAUUGAUCUGGAGCCAGAAGGAAGAGUGUAUGUCAUCAUAGACCUUUCAGGUUCAUCAGGUGAAGCACCCAAAGACAAUGAAGAACGAGUCUUUAGGGAGCGGAUGCGCCCUCGAAAGCGCCAAGGGGCAGUGCGGCGGAGGGUCCACCAGGUUAAUGGGCACAAGUUUAUGGCCACCUAUCUUAGACAACCAACCUACUGUUCACACUGCAGAGACUUUAUAUGGGGAGUAAUAGGAAAGCAAGGGUACCAAUGUCAAGUUUGCACUUGCGUAGUCCACAAGCGAUGCCAUGAACUUAUCAUAACAAAAUGCGCUGGCUUGAAGAAGCAGGAAGCCCAUGACGAGGUAGGCUCCCAGCGCUUCAGUGUCAACAUGCCUCACAAGUUCAGCAUUCACAAUUAUAAAGUGCCCACCUUCUGUGACCACUGUGGUUCAUUGCUCUGGGGUCUUCUAAGACAAGGUUUACAAUGUAAAGUUUGCAAGAUGAAUGUACAUAGACGCUGUGAAACAAAUGUGGCACCAAACUGUGGGGUGGAUGCAAGAGGAAUAGCUAAAGUUCUUGCAGAUCUUGGCGUCACUCCAGAUAAGAUCACUAAUAGUGGAACAAGAAGAAAGAAGCUUGUUCCAGGUGCAGAAUCUCAACCGCCAGUUCCUGGGUCUUCACCAGAAGAUGACAGGUCAAAGUCAGCACCAACAUCCCCAUGUGAUCAAGAAAUUAAAGAGCUUGAAAAUAACAUUAGGAAAGCAUUGUCAUUUGAUAACCGAGGAGAAGAACACAGGGGAGCAGCAACAACCUCAACUGACAACCAACUCAACACUCCUGGCGAGAAUGGGGAAAAUGGAGAGGUCAAACCACAGACGAAGCGCAUGGGCCUCGAAGAGUUUAACUUCAUCAAAGUGUUAGGAAAAGGCAGUUUUGGGAAGGUAAUGCUAGCUGAGUUGAAAGGCAAAGAUGAAGUAUAUGCAGUAAAAGUUCUAAAGAAAGAUGUCAUCUUGCAAGAUGAUGAUGUGGACUGCACGAUGACAGAAAAACGGAUUCUGGCAUUAGCACGGAAACAUCCCUACUUAACACAACUUUACUGCUGCUUCCAGACCAAGGACCGCCUCUUUUUCGUCAUGGAAUAUGUCAAUGGAGGAGACCUAAUGUUUCAGAUUCAACGCUCGCGCAAAUUUGAUGAGCCUCGCUCCCGCUUCUAUGCAGCAGAGGUCACAUCGGCACUUAUGUUCCUCCACCAACAUGGCGUCAUCUACAGGGACCUGAAACUGGACAAUAUUCUUCUUGAUGCCGAAGGCCACUGCAAACUAGCUGACUUUGGAAUGUGCAAGGAAGGGAUCUUGAAUGGAGUAACGACUACUACCUUUUGUGGAACGCCAGACUACAUAGCUCCAGAGAUCCUCCAGGAAUUAGAAUAUGGUCCUUCAGUAGACUGGUGGGCACUGGGUGUUCUCAUGUAUGAAAUGAUGGCCGGGCAACCCCCCUUUGAAGCUGACAAUGAAGAUGACCUCUUUGAGUCCAUCUUGCAUGAUGAUGUCCUGUAUCCAGUGUGGCUUAGCAAAGAAGCUGUCAGCAUUUUGAAAGCUUUCAUGACAAAAAAUCCAAAUAAGCGACUCGGCUGUGUAGCAUCCCAGAAUGGUGAAGAUGCCAUUAAGCAACACCCAUUCUUUAAAGAAAUCGACUGGGUUCUUCUAGAACAAAGGAAAAUCAAGCCACCCUUCAAACCUCGGAUUAAAACCAAAAGGGAUGUAAAUAAUUUUGAUCAAGACUUUACGCGAGAAGACCCAAUAUUAACGCAAGUGGAUGAGGCCAUUAUAAAGCAAAUCAACCAAGAGGAAUUUAAAGGCUUCUCAUAUUUUGGAGAAGAGCUGCUGCCAUAGGAGUCCUCAGCCCACCUCAGAUGUGACCAAGAUCACUGACACUGCAAGAUGUGGUUCUGAGAAGACCUUCCAGAUGGAACAUCAAGAACUACUACUUUUACCAUGAGCCCAGAUACUCCCUAUCCUUUACACUAUUAUCUAUCUAUUUAUUAUUUUUCUCUCAUCUUUGAUCUGGAGGCUCUCAUAACAUCUGUCUCACAAAACAAUGCAAAAUAUUUUGUAUCAGAAUUUGUAAGUGUAACACAUUGCUGUUGUUUCUUGCUGCUGCUGCUUUAUUGUUCUCAAACUCAGUUUGAGACCUUUUUUUUAAUUCCCCAAAAGGCUGCACUGCCUCCCUUUUUAUUCCAUGAAGGGGAGGAUGCCACUGAGGUGAGCCUAUAAAUCAGGUUUAAGAUUUGCUGUGCCAAUGCAAUAUUGGAUCCAGAUUUUGAGAUUUAAAGCCAGCUGUUAGUCCCAACUAGAGGGGGUCUAUUGAAUCAAUGGGAACUUGGCAAGUCACCACUUAAGUAAAUUCUAUGAUUCAGCAGAUCUGCUCUAUUUGAGACUAAGAACUGGGUUAAGAGUUUACAUUGAAUUAAGUACCUUUGUUUUCAGUGGGUCUGCUAUAUGUUUGCUAAAGUCAGGAUUGAAUCCAUUCUGUUUUGACAGCAUUGUAGAGACAUUUUGACAGCUUGAGGUGUAGAUCUAAAAUUAGCGAGAGUUUUGCCAGUGAUCUCAACAGGAUGCAGAUCAUAUCCAUUGAAGGGCAUAUAUUUAAACUGGGUAAGGUUGGAUCCCAGUGAACCUCAACAAAACUUAUCUCUACAUUUUUUAAUAAAAAGCAUACUCAGAAGGUUGCUGAUCUGAAUGCAUAACUCUUUCCCUACAUGUCAUUAUUCCUAUCAAAAUCCCCUCCACUUUACUCUAGAGCAGUAGUCCCCAAACUGUGCUCUUUAAGGGAUUUUGGACUUCAGUUCCCAGAAUCCCAGACUAUUGGCCAACAUGGCUGAGGCUUCUGGGAGCUGAAGUCCAAAAUUUCUUAAAGGGCACAGUUUGGGGACCACUUCUAAAGAUGCAUGUUUGCAGGACUAAAUAUAUAGAGUGAGAAUGUUUUUAGAGAACCAUUUAGAAAAAAAAAGAAACCAUUUUGAGGUGAAUGGAAACAGUUGAAUGAAGAAAGAAUUAGGCCCACUUCCACUGCUCUCUCAAAUGAUUUUUUUCUUGAUUAAAAGAUAACAUACAGUAUUUUGGCUUUAUUGCACAUAUUUUCAUGAAAUGUGUGCUUUUGCUUCAUUGAAAAGAUUGGUGCUCACAUGUAGAGUCUUGUAUCAGUACAGUUACAUAGGACAUUAAACCUAGAUAGCCUUAGUGUGCAGUAUCUUAAAAAUGUAGGUACAAGGGCCUCAUUCUAGAUCAGGACUUUACAAUGGAAGUAGGGGGUAUUAAGCCCUUGACUCUUGCUGUAGUCUGAUCAAGAUCAGAGUGGCUGCCCUUGUAAUUUGCCCUUGAGGAAUGUGAGAAAUCCGCCACUGAAUCUCCAACAUAGGCUGAGAGAUCCUGGACUGGGAGUCGCAGCAUAAAGUUCCACCUAGGCAUUACUAUUCACCAUUUCCCCACCCACAGGAAUCACCUGCCUCUUGAGCUAUCCCCCCCGCCAUAUGUCCAUUUAGUGGCCAGGAGGGAAGCAGAGGUCUACAGUGGCUAGUCUGGCUAUAUCUCUAUAGCUAGACACAGUGCAACAAAGGUACUUCCUUGGUGUUUUCCAGACAUCCCACAGGAUGAUGUCACUGCAUCUGGCUAUAGAAACAUAGUUGGGCAUGUGUCUGUCGCCACUCCCCACUCCCCAUAGUCCUCUAAAUGGAUGUAAUGGGAGUGCAAGAAGCAUGUGAGUUUUGAUGGGUUGGAAGUCAUUGUGUAAGGGAGGUGCUGAAUUUCUCCUUUUGCAGCAACCGAAGUCCCGUGUCACCAACAGGAUGCCAGCUUUAUUAUGUAUACCACUAAAUGUAAUAUGGAGCACUGCAAACACUAUAGACGUAUUCAGAGUAAAAGCCAUGUUACUCUAUUUUAGCAUUAGAAAGGCCUAAAGGAAUCCAUUAACAUUUUUGAGACUAACCGGUUUAUUCUAGCAUAAAUUCGUGGUCUCCAUUUCAUAAGAUGCAUGGAAUAGACAGAGCCUUCACUCUAUGUGUGGCGUGCUUAUGCUAGAAUAAACCAAUAUAUGCUAAAAUAAACUGGUUAGUCUUGAGGCUGCUGUGGCAUCCUUUUGGUUUUUUGUUUUUGCUUUUUAUAGGAAACACUAUGUCAAUAUUUCUAAUGGUCAGUGAAUUUAAUUUGGCUACCAUGUUAAUUUUAGUAAAUCUUUUCACAAUUGUUAGCCAUUUGUUUUGGACAUUCCUGGAGAAAUUCACCCAGGUAAGUGGCAAAUUGGUCCACACAAAUACAUCUCUGUAAUCCAAGGAUGCAAUGCAAACCUGUCUUCGUUUGGUGGCUCUAACAGGUGUGCUAUUCCUCAGUCAAACAUGGAUUGGAGUACACCCAUGUUAAUUUGGGGUACUCUUUAGAGUACAGUACACCCUCCCCUUAUGUGGGGGAUCCGUUCCGGGCCCUCCCACAUAAGGGGAAUCGAGUGUAUGUUCAAAUCCCAUUAAAAAUAAUGGGGGGUGUGCUCCAUUGUUUUGAUUGGGGCUUGCCUUCUGCGUGAAGUCAAAUCUAUGUAAGGCAAGCCCAUGUAAGGGGCGGACCAGCUGUAAUAACUGGAAUUUAUUCAGAUCUGAGAAAAGGUUUGUUCCUUGUUCAGAACAGAGGGAACAAAUUUGAGAGAGAGCAUUGUAUCAUAUUGAUUCAUGUGAAGACAGUCAUCUUAAUCUUAAUAGGAUGUAGAAAAUACCAUACAAUCCCUCUUGAUGGAUCUUCUUGAAAUAGAGCAUCAGACCAAUACAGAACCAAUAGUGUUCUAAGAGGCACAUGCACACAUAUCUUGUGUACAGGUAUUAGUAUAUUUUCCCACCACUUCAAAUGAAAAAGCAGCUUUUUGUAUGCAAAAUGGAGAAGCUCUGUGCCUAAAAGGAAUGGUUGAACUGAGGUGCCCCCAUGCCAAUCUAGCCUCUUAUAGCGAACAUGUUAAACAGUCCCUUCUAGCAAUGGCUGUAUCACUGCUUAGGAUCUGAUGUACAGAUUUUGAGGAAUGCUAUAAUCCCAGCAAACAUUGCAGGUGAAGAUUCCAUGAUGCUGACUUACACCUCUAUGCUCUGACCUUAUUAGGUGAGUAAAGGAUUUGAAACCUAAGUAGAACUCAGUGUCACACUAUCAAGUUGGGUCCAGCCUUGACUGUGAGUGACAAGGGGAAUUGUGGGCUGUUUGGUUGUUGGCUGCCCCAAAAUUACCAGUUUGAGCUCCAUGCAAAAGACGUUUGAGAGAGUUCAUUUCUGCCAUAAGCUCCAACAGGCAUAGUGCAACACUCCCAUAGUUAUUCUAGGAGUCUAUACUAGAACGUCUGCAUGCAGUUGCUUGAGAGUGAGAGCCAUUGGCUACAGUGUAUCUUACUUUUGAAGAAUUGCACUUAAUGUAUAGGGGAGAAAGGUGGAAUGCAUUUCUAAAUCUCCAUGAAGUUCUUCCAGAAAUCUGUUCCUGACAACCAUUUAUUCCUUGAAUAUGGACAAAUCUUGCCAAGAAAACCCCACAGCAGCCUUAGGGUCGCCAUAAGUAGGAAACAACUUGAAGGCACAGAACAGCAACAAUGAAUAGAUCAUUUUAGGAGGAGAAAUCCUCCCUCACAACCUCUUCUCCAUACUUAUACCUGAACAGCUUUUCAGAAUCAAUGAAUUGGCUAUUAAGGGAAUGGGGCAAAAAAUACCUACAAUAAUCACAUCUUUCCAAAGCUUUGUGACUUUAAAGAGUAUUAGGAAAUAGCCCAACUGCAGAAAUUACAACUAAUUAAAAUAGCCACAUUAAGCUUUCCUGAAAAUAUUUUUUGUAAGAAUAGAUAGCAGUCUUUAAGUUGUUGUUUUUCAGAAACUAUACCAAAAAUUUAAAACAAAACACAUGCGCACACACUCACUCACACAUAUACAGAUGCUUUAUAGACAGGUAUUAAAGGGCUAAAGAAAGGACAAAUUCCCCAAAAGCCUAUAAUAGCUUUAAUAAAGCAAAGUAGGUUUUCUACAGAUUUUACAGCUUCUUCAGUAGGUACAUGCUAAUGCUGCCAUAGUAAAACAAUUCAAAAAUUUGUGUCUGAAUCACUCAUGUCAUUGAUGCAAUGGCAGGUGUGAAGAGGACUGAACAGACACUUUUCCCCGUUAUGUUUCAUUGUAUUUUUUCAUUGUAUUGAAUUGGAAUGACUCACUUCAGUGACUUAUAUUUGUGUUCAAUAGCAGUGUGUUACUUUGCAGGCUUUUACAAAAAAAAAAAAAAAAAUGGGCAUGAUUUCUCCUUUGUGCAUGGAUCGUCCUGUCCCUCCUUCUUCCCUGAUGGCUUUUGACCAUGCAGAGGCUCAGCCAGGUCUUGGUAGAAUUAGACCCAUACAUGUUUGUUUUAUGUGUAUCUUGCAGCCCCCUUUUCAUGACUUCCUAUACAGGUUGCUAGCAUAGUCUGUGCAAAUGAACCUGGACUGGAAGGAGCUGCAGGGCUUCAACUAUGAUUCAUAUGAGUGUCCUAUAAUACAGCUUGUCUGAGUGUCAAGGUAGACCAGACAGUAAAUGUGUCUUUGCAUUUAACAUGCAUUUUAAAAAUGCAAACAGAAGUUCCAGAAGAGCAAUUUUUGAAUGGACAAGCCAAGAAAGGUUAAGUGCCCUCUUGCCGUUACAACCCGUCUUUAUCAACUCCUCCAAAGGGUGUUGUUUGUAGUUUUCAAAAACCAUCCAUGCUAAAUGGAAAAAAUUAAUUGAACAUCCAGUCUGGUUGCAUCUUCAGGCAUUGCAGUGCAUGUGGUCCCAGCUAAGGUUCAGAAAGGAAGAAGAGGUGAUGGAUCAUGUGAUACCGUGCUACUAUACCAGGCCAUGCCCAAUAGUACUACUGUUCUUUUGUUUUGAAUAAUGUAUGUGGGGAAAUCUGGUAUCAAACUGUGCUAUAUAGGAAAAAUACCAAGCCAAGCAAACCCAUUCAUGAUGUGACAGUGUUUUGAGAGACUGAAGAUCAAGAUUCAACGUUACAACUGACAUUGCUGAGAACUGUAAAUGGAUUUUCUUGUUUUAAAAAUAAUGGUAACUCAUUUGGAAAAUACAUUAAGCAAUGUGAAGUUACCGCCUGUAGAUAUGCUGACAGUGUUACAUACUCUUCUGAGAGUACAUCCUGUGUUUUUGUGUGUGUGCGCGUGUGUGCGUGCAUGUGAGUGUACCUGUAUUGUUGAGAUCAAUGUGUGUGUGUACGUGUGUGUAUAUAGAUAUAUAACUAUAAAUAUAUAGACAAAUACACACACACAUACACAUGUACACAUUUGGACCGAAUGAGCAGCUAAGUUGAAUCCAUUAUACUUGGUGCACUUGGACUUUCCAAUUGCACAAAAUAUAGAUAUAAAUAUACAGAUUGGCAGAGUGGCACUCAAGAAGCUUUUUUCUUUCUUUUUUUCCUUUUGGGGAUGGGGUGGGGGGAGGGUUACCUUUUGUACAGGUGAGGAUUUUGUAUAUACGUGUUUACUGCAAGGCCUGUGGAAUUCAAUGAAUAUAGAGGUAUCAACUGCUGCAUGUUCAGGCAUAUUAUUAAAAAAAAGUUAGCCUAUGAAAGAA